UUUACUAUCUAACCUUAUUUUCAACGUUAAUUUCCUUUCCUGUAAGUUGUCCCUUCAUCCUUUUUUUCCUCAGUUUCCCUUUCAGCUGCACCUUCCAUCUCCCCUUUACAUACCACAGGCUCACAGCUCAAUGAUACGGAGAUGAGCACCGGGGUCACGCGCAAUUACUACGUAUGGCCCCAACUUUAUCCUACUUAUAAGCUGCAAAAAUCGAGUAUUCUCCUUUUAGUCCCCUACCUUUUCCCCUUGUUUUCCUCCUCUUUCCCUUUCAGUAACAUCUUUCACCUCCUCUUCCUCCUUCUCCUUCCCCCUUCAGGUUCCCCCGCGCGCCGCACUUGACCGUGGUGGCGGAGUCGUGGCCGCCGCACGUCAGGGUGAGGCCGGGGAGCGGCGGGGCGCCCACCACAGCAGAGGGCCCCAUGGCGUCCUUCCUCGAGGUCUUCGCCGCCUCCCUCAACUUCACGUACAGCAUCGUGCAGGGGGACGGCUACUGGGGCGCCCCGACCCAGAACGGAACGUGGAACGGCAUGAUUGGGAUGGUGAUGAGGAAGGAGGCUGAUCUCGGUCUGGGUCCCUUCGGCGUGAGCUACAAGCGGAACAAGGUGGUGGGGUUCACGCUGCCCAUCUUCAGGGAGGUUCUACACAUCCUCACAGCCCGCCCACGCCCCCAGCCGCAGCCUUGGGGGUUCCUCGCGCCCUUCACGCUGAACGUGUGGCUGGUGCUGCUUUCCUUAAUGAUGGUCCUGACCGUAUUUGCGACCGUGACAGAGAAGGCACUCAUGGAGGUAGAGAACGGCCCCUCCUCCUCGUCCUCCUCCUCGCUGUUUUUCUGGCACCUGAUCUCCCACUACCAGCUCUUCCUCGGCCAAAGCUCACCGCGGGAGGCUGUGGGACUUGUGCCGCGAUUCUUGUUUUGGCUUUGGCUCAUGACUGUCCUGGUGAUGAUGAGGACGUACAGCGGCUCCCUCACCUCCCAGCUCGCGGUCAAAACAGUGGAGAUCAAAUACGACUCCUUGCAGGACGUGUUGAAUGACCCCGACGUGAUCCUGAUACUGGAAGGCUCGACGGCACUCACUGGCCAUCUAGAGGGAGCUACGAGCGGUGUGUUUGGGAGCCUGGCCACAGCGGUAAAGACUCGGGGCCUGCAAGUGAGGGCGAGUCAGAUGCAGGACGUCGCCCGGUCAAGCCUCCAAGACGGGCGCCACGCGAUGUUCCUGGAGCGGAUUGGGUGUAACAACCUCUUCUCCGACGACUUCAGCAGCACAGGAAGGUGUGAUUACUAUAUGUCCCGAGGUGUCUUCUGGCCACUGCUCUACUCUCUCGUCCUUCCCCUAAAGAGCCCACUUCUGCCACUGAUUAACGCGAGGAUCUUGGCCCUGAGGGAGUUCGGGGUGUAUGACAUGUGGGCCAGGGCCAUGACACCCAACCUCACACACUGCCUCUCCAUGCCCACCAAGCUGAAAUUCCAGGAGCCUUACUCGCUUCAGCACUUAUGGGCUGUGUUCCUUCUCGUGGGCGCCGGAAUUGCUGCAGCGGCAGGCGUUUUCUUAUUGGAGUUGAUGAUAAGUAAAGUAUAAGGAAAGGAACCAAACAUCGUCACUCUCGCUUAUUAUAAACUCCUUAACCCUGGCUCGUCUAGACACUCGCUUGACUUGAUUUCCUUAUUUCCUUCAUUUGGACACUCGUUUGAUUCUCCCUCGCUUGCCCUUUUCUUUUAUCUCCGUCUCUCUGUAAUUUCGUCUGCGUCUUAUCGUCCUGUCUUUGUUAAUUAAGUAUCUCUCCUGGCUUUCUCUACUUUCUCUUCAUAUAUUCCUGUAUUUAUUUUUUUCAGGUAUUGUUAUUUUCAUUUGGACACUCGUUUGAUUCUCCCUCGCUACCCCUUUUAACUGCGUCUUUCUCAUUUCGUCUGCGUCUUAUCGUCCUCUGUCUUUGUUUAGUGUGUCUCCUGGCUUUCUCUUCUCUACUUUCUCUUCAUAUAUUCCUGUAUCUAUUUUUUUCAGGUAUUGUUAUUUUCAUUUGGACACUCGUUUGAUUCUCCCUCGCUACCCCUUUUAACUGCGUCUCUCUCUAAUUUCGUCUGCGUCUUAUCGUCCUCUGUCUUUGUUUAGUGUCUCUCCUGGCUUUCUCUUCUUUACUUUCUCUUCAUAUAUUCCUGUAUCUAUUUUUUUCAGGUAUUGUUAUUUUCAUUUGGACACUCGUUUGAUUCUCCCUCGCUACCCCUUUUAACUGCGUCUCUCUCAUUUCGUCUGCGUCUUAUCGUCCUCUGUUUAUUAUCUCUCCUGGCUUUAUCUUCUUUGCUUUCUCUCCCUGUUCUCUCUUUUUCCUUUCGUAACUCCUCUUGCAACCUCUUUCCUUUACCUCUCUUCUCGUUUUCUCUUUUGUUAAUUAUUUUCUUCUCCUUCUCUUUCUUUAAUUUAUCUUCUCGUUCUCUCUUUCCUUCUUUCCUUCUCUCUUUCUUUUAUUAAUUAUUUUCUCCUCUUUCUCUUUCUUUUAUUUAUCUUCUCGUUUUCUCUUUCCUUCUUUCCUUCUCUCUUUCUUUUAUUAAUUAUUUUCUUCUCCUUCUCUUUCUUUUAUUUAUCUUCUCGUUUUCUCUUUCCUUCUUUCCUUCUCUCUUUCUUUUAUUAAUUAUUUUCUCCUCCUUCUCUUUCUUUUAUUUAUCUUCUCGUUUUCUCUUUCCUUCUUUCCUUCUCUCUUUCUUUUAUUAAUUAUUUUCUUCUCCUUCUUUCUUUUAUUUAUCUUCUCGUUCUCUCUUUCCUUCUUUCCUUCUCUCUUUCUUUUAUUAAUUAUUUUUUCCUCCUUUUCUUUCUUUUAUUUAUCUUCUCGUUUUCUCUUUCCUUCUUUCCUUCUCUCUUUCUUUUAUUGAUUAUUUUCUCCUCCUUCUAUUUCUUUCAUUUAUCUUCUCUUUCUCUCUUUCCUUCUUUCCUUCUCUCUUUCUUUUAUUAAUUAUUUUCUCCUCCUUCUCUUUCUUUCAUUUAUCUUCUCUUUCUCUCUUUCCUUCUCUCUUUCUUUUAUUAAUUAUUUUCAUCUCCUUCUCUUUCUUUUAUUUAUUUUCUCGUUCUCUCUUUCCUUCUUUCCUUCUCUCUUUCUUUUAUUAAUUAUUUUCUCCUCCUUCUAUUUCUUUCAUUUAUCUUCGCAUUCUCUCUUUCCUUCUUUCCUUCUCUCUUUCUUUUACCAUUUCUCUUAUCGUCAUUUUUUUCGCCUUCUAAUUGUGUAAAUGUAUAAAAUAAAUGGAUACAAGGUCACUUUUGUUUUAUCA